AUGAUGAGUUAUUGUAUAAAAUUGACAAAUAGUUGGAUUAUUAUUAUUAUUUUAAUUAUUCUAUGUAUAUUCAUGAAUUUAUUGAUGUUAUUAGCAACACAAUUAGAAUAUCGUAUACAAAAUGGUUAUCCAGUAAAUCCUGGUGAAUUUCCAAUGAUUGUAUUAUUACUUGGUAAUACACAUUUAUGUACUGGAACAAUUAUAGCACCUGAUAAAGUUUUAACAGCUGGACAUUGUGCAUGUGGUGAUCCAACAUAUGAAGUUCAUGCAAAUUUAACACAUAUUGAUGAACGAUUUUCACCUUAUACACAAUUUCGAUUCGGUACACAAUUUACUUAUCCUAUCACUUAUAAAAAUCAAUGUGAUCAACUUAAUCAUGGUUUUAUUGAUAAUCAUGAUGAAUUUGGUGGUUCACCUGAUAUAUCUAUAUUAACAUUGAAUAAAAAAUUUAAUCUUAUGAAAGGAUGGAUUGAAAUUGGUUCAUUAAAUUAUAAUUAUUCAAUAAAUAAUACAACAGAAAAAAAUGAUGAGGAUUUUUUUGUUUUGGGUUAUGGUGAAGAUAAAUCAAUGGAAAAUUCAAUAGGUCAAUUACGUUUAGGUAUAAUAAAAUUAGGUGAAUGUCCAAAACAUAUUAAAAUACCAACGAAUGGAGCAAUUUGUUCUAAUAUUAAUCGUAAUCAUCAAGGACCAGAUGUUGGUGAUAGUGGUGGUCCUAUAUUUGAUAUCAAUGGACGUGUUAUUGGUAUUACAUCAAUAGCUGGAAAUGGUUGGUAUGUAUUUUCAAGUGUUACUACACACAAAACAUUUAUUCAACAACAUUUAUAUAAUGAUACUAUUAAUUCGACUAGUGAUGGUAAUAAUACUACUAAUAAUGAUAUUAAUACACUGAAGUAUUCCAAUUCAACAGAUCUUUCGUAAUUUUCUUGCUCUUCUAAAGUGUUGACAUUUUCUUUGAAUAAAAAUCUUCCUUUUUUUUCCCGAGUAUGUGAUGUACGGAAAUAGUUCAUGAUGAUAUAAAUAUAAUAUUUUUGUGUGUUGAAAUUAAAACAAAAUCUUAUGGAAAUUAAUCUGGUAUAUAUAUCCUAUUAAUUUGUUUUUAGACUAUUUUGUUAAGUUAAAUACUUACUUACUUACUUAUGCCUGUUAACCCUCAUGAAGGAGCAUAAACUGCCUACCAGGAUUCUCCGAUUGAAUUUUGUCUUUGAUAUUCCUUUCCAGUUAUUUUGAUGUCUAAUUUCAUUUCUCAGCUCAUUGUGUAACUUGGUAUUCCUCUUCUCCUUCCCCUCUUAAGGAUUUCGAGUUAGGGGUUAUCUUGCGAUGCAGUUUUGGGAUUUCCAUAAUGUAUGUACUAUGCAACUAAAACGUCUUUCCCUAAUUUCGUCUUUAGCUGGAAGCUUUCAAUAUUUUCAUUUUGAUGUCUAUUGGUUAAUCCUCCACUAUUAAGAUUUAAACAAUAAGAUCAUAGGAAUUUUGAGAACUUUAGGUUUUUUAUAGGCUGAAUUCGUUACAGAUCUAUUAUAUUUGGAGUGCUGUUGAAAACCAUGGGAUUCUACCUAACUUUUUUGUUCUUGUAUGGAAUUCCUCGGCAGUGAGCACACAAAAACCUGUCACUGCGGAUGGAACGUAGGAAAUUGAAUUACUGAGUUGCCAUGUAGAUUCAGCCUGAAAUUAAUUAGAAGAGUUCCAGUUUGAAGACUUAUCAUAAAGAGAAUAUAUAAAAAUCAAUAGUCUAAGCAAUAGUUCUCAAUCUAUUUCCAAUGAAUAAUAAACCUCUAUCUAUCAUAUUCCAUACAUAGAGCCAUAUCAGUUUUUGUUAUCUCCCGAUAAGAAUAGUGAAUUGUAAUUCUUGGGAUCCAUUUAUGGACCAAUACUAUGAGUAUAUUUUAUCGUGUAAUUGUUAUGUAACUAAACUGUUCAUAUUCAUGUCCCUCUUAUUAUGAGUUUUAUUUUGACCUAUGAACUAUUAUUAUACGAUUUACCAUUCUUGAAUUAUUCCCUGUCUGUUAAUCACUACCUCCCUCAUUCACAGUCACUUUUGGCCAAAUAUUGUACAAAUGUUAUUUCUAUUUUAUAGUGUGAUGUGGUCUGUUUGAUUUGUAUAUAAACCCAGUAUGUUUGAAAUACAUGAUUCAUAUCACGGAGGCUGAGAUUGGUAUUCUGGACUUAACUGGCUGGGCUAAGCGGAGAGCAGGACCAAUCAGGACUCUAGGCUGCUCGCACGUGUUUUAUGCGUCACUGGUUCGAUCGAUAGUUCGCUGCUCUCUGACUGGCUGUAUCGUUGCGUUAUAAAAUAGACAGGGCACACAGGUUCACAAGUUAUAACAGUUUUCUAUCCAGUUUUAAAUUUUCA